AUGAAUUCUCGUAAUAACCUCAAUGGAGAGCCAGCGCCACAACCUCAAAUAUGGCAAAAUGGAGGGUUGACUUUACUAAGGAGGGAGGUCCCUCAUCUGUUUGAUGUACCGAUAAGGUUAUGUAGGAUUGUACUUACCAUCUUUUUAUCUGAUAGUGAUGAAGAUGAGGAUUCCACUCCCCAAGAUGAUUCUAAUGGAAGGACACUUGGAGAUAUGCGGGGUUCUAGUGGUACCAUAGGGAGUCCUGUCUCAGCCUCGGCAUCCGCUCCUACUCUCGAGAAUGAAGGUCCUACCUUGUCUACUUCUCAAGUCCAUCCCGGAAAUAACGGGGAUCAUUACCUCAGAGUCAGGGGUAAUGAUGAGUUGCUACACAGUAACGACGCUGAAUCUACUGAUGAAGAGGACGAGUUUUUCCUGGCCAGUGAGACCUUUGAUGAUGAUUCGGAUGACGACCAAUAUACACUUGCAAAUGAAACUAAUGAAGAGCUGGACAGCUUAUAUGACAUUGGAAAUUCCAUAAGCGAAGAAUACGACGCGGUAAUUAGAGAACUAGAACUGGGAUUUGAAGCUUCACUUUUGGCGGAAGCACUAGCAGACAUUCCAGAUAAUAGUGAACUACAGCUAACCAUCGAGUUUGAAUAUCCUGAUAUUGUUAACUUUUUGAACGAUAUUUCAGAUGACGAGGAUAUCGAGGUAGAAGUAGUUUCGGAUACUUUCCAACAGGAUCCUUUUGAAAACUACACAUCCACACUCCCGACUCCUGUUGAAAACCCAGUCACACUGGAGCUUUCAAACCCUAAUGAGAGGGAAAUCAACCUUUUAAAGGGUGAAUACAAUGGAAUACAUGAGAAGGAAUACACUCCUAUAGGAGAGAGAAACAUUGUCUCCAUACGAGAGAAUUGUAGAUGUAUUUGGAACGGAGCUUUGGGUGAAGCUUGCCAGCGAGUAAUUCUCUACAAAAGGGACAGGGAUGUGCUCAUUUGUCUAGAACUUACUACACCAAAUGGUUCUGAAAAGAGGUUCCUAGAAAAACAAAACCUUGGAUUUAUGAGAAUUUCAGAGAGUGAAUUUAGAACAAAGCUCGACGAAAUGAGGAAUCAGCCCAGAGAGACCACUGAAGCAGAACAUCCAAACCCAGAACCAAUCGCAGAAGAGUCAGUUGUAUCUACAAGCACAGCCGAGGAAGCCUCUACUUCAGAACAGGCAUAA